AUGUCGGCCAAGGAUCUCGAUUGCCCCAUCUCCUACGAGCAGCUGGAGGACAUUGAAGAUGACUUCGAGGAGGCAGAUAUGGAGCUGAUCCGCUAUCAGGAUAAGCUCACCAAGGACCUCUACGCCAAGCGUGACAAGAUUAUCGCACAGAUCCCCACCUUCUGGCCUCUCGUCUUCGAGCAGUCGCCGCCGGAAAUCGACGAGUACAUCCAGCCCACCGACGCCUCCCUCCUCAUCGGCUCUCUCAAGUCGCUGUCAGUCGAGCGCUUCGAGCUGCCCGAGGGCGACCCUCGCAGCAUCGCCAUCAAGUUCGAAUUUGCGGCCAACGACCACUUCGAGAACACGACGCUCGAGAAGAAGUUCUGGUACCGCCGUGCCAAGGAUGGCUGGGCCGGUCUCGUCUCGGACCCGGUCGAGAUCAAGUGGAAGUCGGCCGACAAGGACCUGACUGGUGGCGCCCUCGACCUUGUCAUGAAGGUCUGGGAGGAGGACAAGGCGGGCAAGAGCGAGGAGGAGACGGAGGCGAAGAAGAAGCUGAAGGAGUUCAUCGACAACACGGGCGUUGACGGCGCCAGUUUCUUCACCUUCUUCGGUUACCGCGGCCGCGACAUCUCGGUCGAGGAGGACCGCGAGGCCUUCAAGGCUGAGCAGGAGAAGCGCAAGGCUCGCAAGGAGGGCAAGGAGGUCGUCGAGGAAGAGGACGAGGAUUUCAAUGACGACGAGUACGAAUUCGAAAUCUUCCCGACCGCCGACGAUCUCGCCGUGUCGAUUGCCGAGGAUCUGUGGCCCGGUGCCAUGAAGUACUUUAUCCAAGCCCAGGAGUUGGACGCCAUCAGUGACAUGGAGUUCGAGUCGGACGACGAGAUGAACGAUGCCAACGACGAGUAA